AUGGCGCCGGCCACCGCCACCGCCAGCGCCUCCGGCGGCUCAGCCGUCCACGACAGCGCCGACGCCCUGGAACAAGGCACCAGCACCCAGCUCCGCCGCCGCUACACCGGCGGCCAGACGGGCGAGCUGGCCGACGACGGGAUCGUCAGGAGCAGGGCGGGCAAGCAGGAGCCCGCGCCGCCGUCGGUGGAGGAGGCGUUCGCGGACCUCCCCGUGCCGUCGUGGCGGGAGCAGCUGACGGUGCGCGCCUUCGUGGUGGGGUCCCUCCUCGCCGUCGUGUUCAACGUCAUCCUCAUGAAGAUCGACCUCACCACGGGCAUCAACCCCUCGCUCAACGUCUGCGCCAGCCUCCUCAGCUACUUCCUCGUCCGCGUCUGGACCAAGGCCAUCGAGGGCAUGGGCCUGCUCAGGCAGCCCUUCACGCGCCAGGAGAACACCAUGAUCCAGACCUGCGUCGUCUCCGCCUACGGCAUCACCUUCACCGGCGGGUUUAGCAGUUAUCUGUUUGGUAUGAGCGGAACUAUUGCUAACAAAGCAACAGAGGCAAAUGAUGCUCAGAAUAUCAAGGAACCCCACCUUGGAUGGAUGAUAGGGUUUAUGUUCCUCGUCAGUUUUGUUGGCCUUUUUGCUCUGGUGCCUCUGAGAAAGGUUAUGAUUGUGGAUUACAAACUAACUUACCCAAGUGGCACUGCGACCGCUUACCUCAUCAAUGGAUUCCACGCACCCCAUGGUUCCGAGCGUGCAAAGAAGCAAGUUCGGACGUUGGGCAAGUAUUUCUCACUUAGUUUCCUAUGGGCAUUCUUCCAGUGGUUCUACACAGCCGGGGAUCACUGCGGAUUCGGCUCCUUCCCAACACUCGGUCUUGAAGCUUAUAAAAACAGGUUCUUUUUUGAUUUCUCACCGACUUAUAUUGGUGUUGGAAUGAUCUGCCCAUAUAUCGUAAAUGUGUCUCUUCUCCUUGGAGGCAUCAUCUCGUGGGGAGUAAUGUGGCCAUUGAUCAGCACAAAGAAAGGAAGUUGGUACCCUGAGACUCUACCAGAUAAUAGUCUACAUGGACUGCAGGGUUACAGGGUGUUUAUAACCGUAGCAGUAAUUCUUGGAGACGGCCUGUACAAUAUCUUGAAGGUACUUGGUCGCAUGAUAGAAGCCUUUGUAUCAAGGUACAGAAACAGAAAUACAAACACACUUCCUGUGUCUCACGAUGGCACCCCUGUCACUACCACUGAAACUGAGUCAUUUGAUGACAAGCGUCGUCUUGAGCUAUUCGUGAAGGAUCAAAUUCCCAAGACAGUUGCAUUUGGAGGCUAUGUCGUUCUGGCAGCUAUAACGAUAGGUUGUCUCCCUCUCAUUAUCCCACAGCUCAAGUGGUACCAUAUUUUGGCUGCAUAUAUCCUUGCACCUGCACUAGCCUUCUGCAAUGCCUAUGGAUGUGGCCUAACAAAUUGGUCCUUCGCUAGCGCCUAUGGUAAGCUUGCAAUCUUUAGCUUUGGUGCGUGGGCUGGUGCUUCGCAUGGUGGUGUACUUGUGGGAUUAGCUGCAUGCGGUGUGAUGAUGAGCAUCGUGGGAACAGCUGCUGAUCUGAUGCAAGACUUCAAGACUGGGUACCUGACUCUGGCCUCGCCAAGGUCAAUGUUCAUCAGCCAAGUGAUAGGCACAGCCAUGGGCUGUGUUAUUGCACCCUGUGUCUUCUGGCUGUUUUACAAGUCAUUUGAUAUUGGAGCAAGCAAUAGCGCUUACCCAGCACCUUACACCAUUAUGUACCGUAACAUGGCGAUUAUGGGCGUGGAUGGCUUGUCCCUUCCAAAGCACUGCCUCACACUAUGCUACAUUUUCUUUGCUGCAUCCUUCGCCAUCAAUUUGAUCAAGGACCUGAUGCCGAAGAAGGUGGCGAAGUUCAUCCCCAUCCCCAUGGCAGUAGCAAUUCCUUUCUACGUCGGAGCAUACUUCACUAUUGAUAUGUUCUUGGGCUGCGUGAUACUAUUCAUAUGGGAAUGGAAGAACAAAGCUGAAGCAGACUCAUUGGGACCAGCAGUUGCAUCCGGUUUCAUGUGCGGUGACGGGCUCUGGGCACUGCCAGAGGCUGUUCUUUCUCUUGCAAAUGUGAAACCUCCCAUUUGCAUGAAGUUUUUGUCGAGGUCUGUGAAUGCCAAAGUGGACUCCUUCCUUGCGAAGGAGUGACUUCUAGUUUGGUAGAAUAGAAUUAGCUUCCUUCCAUAGUAGAGGUGGUUAAAUAAUUAUAGUUAUGUAAGAGAGUGUCAUGGGGCAGAGUCAUAUUUUGUUUUUGUAAUCAAGCAGAUAAGAGAAGUUGUCUGAUUGGCUGCUAGCUAGUUUGAUAGAAUAGAAUUAUCUUCCUUCCAUAUUAGAGGUGGUUAAAUAAUUCUAGUUAUGUAAAUUAAGAGUGUCAUGGGGCAGCAGUCAUAUUUUGUUUUAGUAAUCAAGCAGAUAAGAGAAGUCUGAUUUGCUUAGUGCUGCAAUUGUCUGGUUGCUAACUCUAGAAUUGAAUUUCAUGGUCCAGAUUAUCUCUUGUGAAGCAAGAUUUCAAAAUCUCUCUUGCUAAGCCAGAAUCUUUAUGUAUGGUCGAAUGCGAUAAAAUUCGGACAUCUGAAGGAACACUUACACAGGAACGUCCAUCAGGUUCAGGUAUGGAAUCGGAGGAUGAAUGCCUGACGCUUGAAACGAGAUGCAGAAUGCAAGCUUACCUCGUUCCUGUCGAGCUCGUGCUUCCCGAAAACCACCGCGUCCCGCAGGUUCGCCCCCUCCCCUUCCCAUCGCCCAUCGCCACUGCUUCCGCGCAUCUCUUCUUCGAAACUGCCAUUGCAGGCAGUCAGGCACCAAAUCCGGGAGCGGACAGUACGGCGAAGCGGACAUAGCCUGAAUGCGAGAGGUGGAGUCCGGAAGGGGUCCGGAGAUUCGCCGGUGUUGGUCGCCGAGCCAGAAGACAUCGCCGCUGCGGCGCGUAGGGCGGCCACCGGCGGUUUGGUGCCUGAAGAAGGGGCGCGCGCGUCCUACAGUAUCAGAUCCAGAGCCGCGGCUGAGUGCGCUCUGUUGACGGUGCGGCGGCGCGGGAUGCAUCACGGCACCCGCCGCUGGCAGCGCGGGCUCGUCGGCCGGCGUGGAGUUUGCAAGGAACCCCCAA